ACACAAUCUCAGUUUCAACUCUCACACUCUCAAUUUCCACUACACCAAAAUGACCACCGUGACCACCAUCACGCUGUCCACUUUUUUCAUUAUCACAACUACAAUCCUCACAUUCACCAAAGCCCACAACAUCACAGCAAUAUUAUCCCCAUUCCCAGAAUACAGCCAGUUUAACAAUUACCUCACACAAACAAAACUUGAUGACGACAUCAACAGCCAUGAAACCAUUACUGUUUUGGUCUUAAAUAAUGGCAUUAUGUCAUCACUUGCUGAUAAACACCCACUAUCUGUUAUAAAAGCUGUAUUAAGUUUACAUAUUUUACUAGAUUAUUAUGAUAAUAAAAAACUUCAUGCUAUUUCAGAUGGGACUACUUUAUCUACCACUUUAUAUCAAACCACUGGGAAUGCACCUGGAAAUGUUGGGUUUGUUAAUAUUACUGAUUUGAAAGGCGGUAAAGUCGGGUUUGGAUCCGCUGUUUCUGGAUCCAAACUCGACUCUUCUUAUACGAAAUCUGUUAAACAGAUUCCGUAUAAUAUUUCUGUUUUGGAAAUUAGUUCUCCUAUUAUUGCCCCUGGGAUUUUAACUGCUCCAGCUCCUUCAGCUGAUGUUAAUAUUACUGGUUUGUUGGAGAAAGCAGGAUGCAAAACAUUUGUGAAGCUAAUAACAGACACCGGAGUAUUAAAGGUUUUCCAAAAAGCAGCAGGAAAUGGACUAACAAUAUUUGCACCAUCAGAUGAGGCAUUUAAGGCGGCCGGGACACCAGAUCUAAGUACACUAACCAGUGCCGAGCUCGUGGCGCUUUUAGAGUACCACGCGCUCGGCUCAUACACGCCAAAAGGCUCGUUAAAAACAACCAAAAAACCGAUAAGUACUCUUGCAACCAAUGCAGGUGGUAAAUAUGAUCUAAGUGUAUCUACAGCCGGUGAUUCAGUAACUUUGGUUUCGGGUGUUGGAUCUUCAAGACUAGCAAGUACGGUACUAGACUCAACACCGUUAUGUGUUUUUACUGUGGAUAAUCUACUUUUACCGACUGAGUUGUUCGGUAAAGCACCUUCGCCAGCGCCGGAUAUGUCGCCAGAAAGCGCCCCGGCGCCGGCUCCAGAGAUGUUGGCGCCGGAGCCAGCAGCACCGGCGCCUUCGCCGUUCCUUUCACCGCCGGCGCCCCCGAUGGAGUCGCCGGCAAGUGGACCGGCUCCGGCUGAAGAGCCGACUGCUGAUUCACAGAAUAGUGAUGCUAGUAACGAUGUUAACGCCGUCAAAGCUCCGUUAGUUUACAUAGCGUUAGUGAGUGUGUUAAUGUCUUACGUUAUGAUUUGAAGUUAAAUGUUUUACGUUUUUUUUAUUUUCUUUCUUUUUUUGUUAUUUAUUGUGGGGUUUUUUUAGUUUGUUUAAUUUAAUUAGGGGGAUAUUGUAAGAUGCGCAUUUUAGCAGCAGGCCAGUCAGGUGGGUGGUGUAAUAACAUUGAUAUUUGUGAGUAAUGUGACUUUGAGUGGUUUGAGAGGAAUACUGAUUACCGAGGAAAGCUUUUGUUUGUUAAA